AUGUUUUUCGGUGUCGGAGCUCUCAUUAUACCUCUGGUGACUCGACCUUUUCUAUUGCCAUUUCAACGUGAUGAAGACCAGAUUAUUCAAGGAAGGUCUAUAAACAUUAAUAUAACCUCAUCAGCAACAAAAUUGCCAUUUGGUGGAUUUACACCCGAUGAUGUAACCAUUCAAUAUCCCUAUCUGAUCAACGGAAUCUUUCUUUGCUUGGUUUCAAUUGGAUUCAUAGUUUUUUACUUCAAGGAUAAGCAAAUCCCAUCUAAUGACUGUAAAUCCGUUAAUAAUACCGUUUCUGGUAACAUUGAUUCACCUGGAUGCAGUAAUGCUGCUUCUGGUGACAAUGGAUCAUCUCAAGACAAUGUUGAUAAACCAUGGAAGAAAUAUGUCGCUAUAAUUCCAAUGAUGUUGAUUGCAAACAUUGCCUUUGGAUUUACAACCACAGUUGGUUCACUGGGUCCAUCUUUUGCUGUGAAAUCUCCCAUCGCAAUGACCAAGAAAACAGCAGCUUUGUUGAUUACAGUAUUUUGGACAAUGUUUUGCUUUUAUCGAAUAAUUUUUAUCCCAUUGUCUAGUUAUUUUAGUCAUAGACGGUUAAUGCUGUUUAACCUGCUUUUGAUCUUAAUCAGUGUUGGCUUGAUGAUUUCAAAAGCUGCUUAUGAUCCAUAUUUUACAUGGGCAUCAUUUAUUUUACUCGGCACUGGAUAUUCACCAACAUUUUCAGUCUCAUUUGCCUUACUGCAACAAUAUUUUCCCAUUUCUGGCCGAUUAGCUUCAUUCAUAUUCAUGAAUGGCUGCAUUGGAGAAUCAAUUCAUCCUUGGUUAGUGGCCAAGUUCAUGGAAGGAUGGCCAGAAUUUUUUGUCUAUUACCUUGGUGGAAUGUGUAUAGUCUAUGUGAUUCUUAACUUCUCUCUUCCUCAUCUGUGUAAUUUAAUUUUUAAAAGACGGACUACCAAUCAAUGA